AUCAGCGUCACUGGAGCGAGCACGUCAAAUGAAGCCACGCCGACUCCUCAACGUUGUUGACCGCGGCGGACACGCGCCAGAUCACUUGCAGCAUCUGUAAAGGACAUGACCGGACUAAACGGACAGAGAAUGGAUGCAAACGUUGUGGUGCUCGGCACAGACAAUGUUGGAAAAUCUGCACUUAUUGUCCGAUUCCUGACUCGUAGAUUCAUCGGGGAAUAUGGGGAUAUUGAGUCCCUUUACACUCACAAUGUUGUUGUGGAUGGACGAGAGCAAACUUUGAAUAUAUGGGAUGCACCAUAUUCACAGCAGGACCUGUCUUCCGAGUCCUUGAUGUACGAAAAGAGAGUCCAGUGGGCAAAUGGUUUUGUGCUGGUCUACAGCGUCUGUGACCGAGCCAGUUUCAACGCGGUCUCCAGACUUAUUCAAAUAAUCAAAACCAAUAAAGACAUUCUGGGCUUUGAGAAGAUGCCCAUAGUUAUUGUGGGAAACAAGAGGGACCUGGACCACCGUCGUACAGUCCUCAGCGAAGAGGGCAGGCUUCUUGCACUCUCUGCAGACUGUCAGUUUUAUGAGGUCUCAGCUGCUGAGAACUACCACAGUGUCCUCAUGGUUUUCCAUGGGCUGGUGCAUUGCAUCAGAGAGUCCAGGGUGUCUGUGAAAAAGUUAGCAGGCAUCAAGGGCAUUGUGAAGAGCAUGUCUGCAGUGUUCACCCGCAGGCGGACAGAUUCACUGUGAAGCUAAUGGGAGCUCUGGAAAUAAAGCCUAUGUGGUCUGAUAUGACCUAUUUUAGAUCCAUUGAGAGGGAUGAGCUGUUGCUGUGGCCUGCAUGAGAGUCUGGGAUCUCUCAUGUGACUACAGCUGGAUCUUCCGUGUGGGUAACUAACAGAUUGCCCUAGUUUGUCUGCCAAGGCAAUGGCUUCCAUUGAGAAUGUGUUGAGAUCAGAGAGUUCUCAAUAAAAUGCUUAAUAUCAGUCAUAAA